ACAAGUUUGGUGAAAUGGAAUGGUCCAGAGUGUAGAGCCUGAGAGAGAGGGGAGCAGAUAGGAUAAAACUAGUUAUGAAGUGGAGAAGGAGAUUCGGUUUGUAAGUUGCACAGACAUUCCCUUGACCAUUCUUUACUGUUUUUGCACAUUUUAGUUCUUCCACCAGGAAAUGGCAGAGCUCUUAAACUGCUCCUUUAGCCAAUUUACAUUCAACCCAAUUGAGAUAAAGACCAAAAGAGGCACUCAAGUACGAAAACUCAGUUCAAGACCUUUUCAGUGUGUGCUAACUGAGGACAACAGAGCUGUACUGGUUAAGAAUGGGAAAGAUUCAUUAGAUAUCUGCCGGAUUGUUAAUGGGAUGUGGCAGACGAGUGGUGGGUGGGGCAGGAUUGUUCCAGAUGAUGCAGUCGAUGCCAUGCUGCGAUACGCUGAUGCUGGUUUCACUACUUUUGACAUGGCUGAUAUAUAUGGACCUGCUGAAGAUCUUUAUGGCAUCUUCAUCAACCGAGUCCGUCGAGAGCGCCCACCAGAGUUCGUGGAUAAGGUCAGAGGUCUUACUAAAUGGGUGCCUCCACCGGUUAAGAUGACAAGUAACUUUGUCAGAGAAAGCAUCAAUGUUUCACGAAAGAGAAUGGAUGUGGCUGCCUUGGACAUGCUUCAGUUUCAUUGGUGGGAUUACUCCAAUACUGGCUACCUUGAUGCUCUGAAACAUCUUACAGAUCUGAAAGAAGAAGGUAAAAUCAAGACUGUUGCUUUGACAAAUUUUGAUACAGAAAGAUUACAAAUAAUCCUGGAAAAUGAGAUUCCAGUAGUUAGCAAUCAGGUACAACAUUCAAUCGUUGACAUGCGCCCCCAACAGAAAAUGGCAGAGCUUUGUCAGCUUACGGGAGUUAAACUUAUAACGUAUGGAACAGUAAUGGGUGGCCUGUUAUCUGAGAAGUUCCUAGACACCAACAUAGCCAUUCCCUUUUCUGCCCCUCCAUUAAACACUCCUUCCCUCCAGAAGUACAAAAGGAUGGUUGAUGCCUGGGGUGGAUGGAGCCUCUUCCAAACUUUGCUUCGAACACUUAAAACUGUAGCUACUAAACAUGGGGUCUCAAUCCCAACUGUUGCUGUGAAAUACGUACUAGAUCAGCCAGCAGUGGCAGGAUCAAUGGUAGGCGUUAGACUUGGUCUAUCAGAGCAUAUCAAUGACUCCAAUGCCGUGUUCUCCCUUGUCCUUGAUGAAGAUGAUGUGAACAGAAUCCAAGAAGUUUUAAAGAAAGGGAAAGAUCUGCUAAGAGUAAUUGGUGACUGUGGAGAUGAAUACAGGCGUGCAUGAGACUCAUGCUUGUAAUGUUCUGGUCAUGUUAAUAUCUGUUUACUAGAAAUACAAGAAAAUACCACAAACAUGUUGUGGCUAUAACAAAUUUUGGGUCUCUGUUGACUGUUAAAAAUUUGUCUCUCUAUUACAUAGAAAAGGACAUGUUUUGCCUCAUUUUCAUUUUUACAA